GCUAUUUUACCUGCUGCAGCUUCUGUGUUUCCUUGGAAAGUUGUACCAUAUGGGAGAGGAUGUCCCUAGUAAGGGAAAGUAAUUUGAAUCAGCCUAUCCUGCUAAACCCUGGGGAUGACAAUGAGAUGGAGAUCUUUGGUUACAAGACUCAUAUAUGUCGCAGAGCUUUGUUCAUUCUGGGAGCCAUUCUGACCUGUGGAAUUCUAGCUUUCCUGUUUUAUAAAAAACCCAAAUGGAAUGUUUGGGCAAACUGUGUUCCAUGUACACUGGAAGAAGCUGAUACGGUGCUGCUUAGAACCACAGAUGAUUUUAAAACAUACACAAGGAAGAAGGUCGGAUGGAUUUACCUUUCAAAACACACUGAUGAUAGUCUAGUGAGGUGUGAAGUCAUUUCAGAUAAAGCAUCUGCCUUACACAGAGCCAUAAUACAACCUGAUAUGAAGGUUCGGUAUAUUCAAGUGCAGAAAAUACAGUAUGCUUGGGACCCUAAUCAGAAAAAAUUCUUUAAAGCAGGGGCAUUAGAGAACAGCUAUUCUUGUUGCAGUAUCCAUUCCACAUUUGGGUCUGGUCUGACAAAGGAUGAAGAAAAUAUCAGGCAGCUAAUAUGUGGACCCAAUGGAAUUUCAAUACAAAUUAUUCCUAUUUGGAAGCUUAUUCUGAAAGAGAUUUCGUAUCCCUUUUACUUGUUCCAACUAUUCUCUGUUUGCCUGUGGUUUGCAGAAGGGUACACCAACUAUGCAAUAGGAAUCACAGUCAUCAUGUUUCUUUCCAUUGCUAUGGCAGUCUACAAUGUCAGAAAGCAAUCGGUUAAGUUGCACAAACUAGUUGAGUCUCACAACAGAGUAACUGUCAAGGUCUGCAGAUCAGGAGGAGAAUUUGAAAAGAUUUCUUCUACUCAUCUGGUCCCAGGAGAUGUCUUCAUCAUUGAAGGGAACAGGGAAUACUUGUCCUGUGAUGCUAUUCUGAUUAAUGGAACCUGCGUCAAUAAUGAAAGCAUGCUUACUGGUGAAAGUGUCCCAGUAACUAAAAUGCCUUUGCCUAACACAGAUGACAGCAUGCCUUGGAUGGCUUACAGCAAAGAAGAUUACAGGAGACAUGUUUUGUUCUGUGGGACUCAAGUCAUACAGACUAGACCAUCAGGACAUUGCCCGGUUAAAGCAGUUGUUAUGCGAACAGGAUUUAAUACAGCUAAAGGGGAGAUGAUAAGAUCCAUUCUCUACCCAAAGCCUGCCAGUUUUAAACUCCUCAGAGAUGCCUAUAGGUUCCUCAUGUGUCUUGUAGCAGUUGGAAUCACUGGAGUCAUAUAUGCAGCAUGCAUAGUUGCAAGCAAUGGUAGUGGAGUUGGUCAAGCAAUACUGAAGUCAUUGGAUGUACUGACCAUUGCAAUUCCACCUUCCCUGCCAGCUGCUCUGACCGUUGGCAUCCUUUAUGCACAACGUAGGCUGAAGAAGCAAGGAAUCUUCUGUAUCUCUCCCGAGAGAAUCAAUAUCUGUGGACAGCUAAAUCUUAUCUGCUUUGAUAAGACUGGAACUUUGACUGAAGAUGGAUUAGAUGUUUGUGGCCUUGUCACAGCUGAUGGGAAAAGGCUGACGAGGAUGGCUGUUCUGAAUUUUGGGACUAUUUUGCCAUGGGGACCACUAUUUGCAGCCUUGGCUAGCUGCCACUCAUUAAUUCUUGUAGAUGAUAAAAUCCAAGGAGAUCCUCUAGAUAUGAAAAUGUUUGAAGCUACUGGCUGGGAAUUAAUGGAAAAAUCCUACACAAAAACCUACCGUGCAGAAGGUACAACACAGAAUAUUAUUGUUAAACCAAGACCUGGAAGCAGUCAGGUAUUUGGGCACGCACUUGAAAUUUUGCAUCAGUUCCCAUUUUCUUCAUCCCUUCAGAGAAUGUCUGUGAUAACAAGACAGAUUGGUGGAGACGAGCUUAUUGCAUACAUGAAGGGUGCACCAGAAAAGGUGGUCAGUCUAUGCAGACCAGAAACAGUUCCUACUAAUUUUUCCAGUGAUCUUCAAUUUUAUACUCAGAAAGGAUUCCGAGUCAUUGCAUUUGGAUAUAAUUCCAUAGGGAAUUUCACUGGGAAGCUAACAGACCUACAAAGGGAAACAGUAGAGUCGGAUUUAACAUUUCUUGGGCUGUUGAUACUGGAGAACAGACUAAAGCCAGAAACAGUGCCUGCAUUACGGGAACUCAAGGAUGCAAGGAUAAGGACUGUCAUGAUCACAGGUGACAAUCUUCUGACAGCAGUAACUGUAGCAAGGAAUUCGGGAAUGAUUCAUGAAGCUAGUAAGGUGGUUCUAGUGGAAGCAGAAGGUCUGCAUGAGAACAUACCUGCCUCUAUCAGCUGGACGUUGCUUGAGAAGAACACACAGAAUGGAUGUUUGAACCAUAAUGAUAUUUAUCUUGAGAUGGAAAGCACCAGUUUGGAGCUGAAAAGAGGGGAGUAUCACUUUGCCAUGACAGGAAAAUCCUAUGAGGUUAUAUUACAUCAUUUUUAUACUCUAUUACCAAAGUUACUGAUGAAUGCAAUGAUUUUUGCACGGAUGUCUCCAGGCCAAAAAGCAAGCCUUGUGGAAGAAUUCCAGAAACUGGAAUACUGUGUCGGAAUGUGUGGAGAUGGAGCAAAUGAUGCAGGGGCUUUAAAAAUGGCACAUGCUGGUAUUUCCUUGUCGGACCAGGAGGCAUCUGUGGCUUCACCAUUCACGUCUAAAAUUCCCAGCAUACGUUGUGUUCCUCUGCUUAUAAAGGAAGGGCGAGCAGCACUGGUUACCUCGUUCUGCAUGUUUAAAUACAUGGCCCUCUACAGCAUCAUCCAGUACUUCAGUGUCCUGCUACUUUACUGGCAAAUGAACAAUUUUUCUGACUACCAGUAUCAGUUUGAAGAUAUUCUCAUCUCCAUUUUUAUUGGACUAACAAUGAACCUGAAUCAUGCCUACCCAAAGUUAGUCCCAUACAGACCCCCAGGCCAACUGAUCUCUCCACCGUUGCUGCUUUCUGUCAUUGUCAAUCUGAUGCUCAGUCUGGCCAUGCAAGUAGCAGGGUUUAUACUGGUGCAGUACCAGCCCUGGUAUUCCUCCAAUGACAUGAACAGUGGCUGUCAAAUACUAAACAACAGUUUUGGCAUGGAGAUUCCCAAUAACUAUUCCCUGAACAUGACCAUGGCAGACAAUGUCACAAACAUGAAUGAAAAUGAAGAUGAAGAAAGAUAUGCUAGCUAUGAAAGAACCACUGUUUGGUUGCUGUCUGUCAUGAACUGCAUUAUUGUGGCAUUUGUAUUCUCAAAGGGGAAGCCAUUUCGCAAACCUAUUUAUACUAAUUGGCAGUUUACAGUUGUUUUGCUGGCACAGCUUGGAGCAUGCCUUUUCAUACUUUUUGCUGAUUUGGAAGGUCUUUACAAUGUACUGGAGAUUGUGUGCAUGCCAACUCUAUGGAGGGUUUACAUCCUUAUCAUGCUGAUUAUUAAUCUGGUUGCAUCAUUUAUUGUUGAGGAAAUUAUUGUAGAAAAUAGAAGACUCUGGCUAUUUCUGAAACAAAUUUUCAAACGCCAGUCUAAAAGCCGUUACAAUGUUCUAAAACGAGUGGUAUCACAGGAUCCAAGCUGGCCUCCUAUUAACCAAACAGAGCAAGCCUGUCAAAUAGGCAUACAGACAGACAAUAAACCAAAUGCUUACUGCAAUUCAGCAUAUGAAAACAAUGAGAGCCAGCUAUCAUCUGCACAAAGCAUUAUGUCAAACAAAAAGGACUGCCUUUCUAUGCAAGGGACUGCAUUAUAGCCAUACAGUGCAUGUCUUUUAUGUACAAGACUCAUAUGACUUGCUCCUUACAGAUGUCAUCAUGAGUACACAUUUCUAUGGAUUAAGAAUUCAUAGAAAUCCAUGACAGCUGGGAUUUGUAUACUCCCUUCUGCUGUGUUUGACAAUGGUCACUGUUUAGGUUCAGUGUAAGGGAUCUCUAAAUCACUGUUCAGAGUAAAUUACACCAAUUACACCAAAAUGUACUUUGCAUCCAUAAGUGCUGUGUGAAUGUGUGGAAAGAGGCCUUUAUCCAUUUGAUAUUACAUGCAAUGCAACAAGCAUUAAUUACCAGCAAAGCUUAGCUUUUUUCAGUCUAGCAAUCUAAAACCAGUUUUGCGGUUCCCUAUUAUCGUAAAACUUGGUGUCUGUGUGUGUGUGUGUGUGUGUGUGUGUGUGUGUGUGUGUGUGUGUGUGUGUGUGUGUGUGUGUGUGCGCGCGCGAACACUCGCGUGUGCGCACUGGAGGGCUCACCACUCUGUUUUGCAGUAUGACAGCAGUCCAGGUUGGACUUAGCCUAGCAUGGAAGCUUACAGCUCCAUGUUGUCAAUAAUUACAUGAUGUAAUGUUACGACAACUUGCUUCCACAGCUGGACAAAACCACCAUGAAAAUAAAAGUGAUAACUAAAGAUCAAUCAAUACAAACAAAUCAGAUACAGUCUGUGUCACAGGGCUGUUCACAAUAUAUGGGUGCUUGGACAGACACAAUGUUCUGAUGCAAAGUUUGUAUCAGCUUUAUUAAGUGCAACUACACAAUAUGUA